AGUUUCUGAGGCUCCAGGCUUCCAGGAACACAAUGACUUGGAUCAAACAGCCUAAAUGCGAAGAAGGGUAUCUCUGCUGCAUCAAGGAAGCCGUUAAACUCCUGCUAAGCUAACUCUUUUUUUAUGCGUCCAUGCACACGACCGAAUUCCUCUUUCACUGACCGGAGAUUAUUUCUGACAAUUCGGGAUAUCUCGAAAGCUGGAGACAUAUGGCUGGAAAAUGAAACGACCCAGGACAUCGUUUCUGACCGCAUCAUUAUUUUGUGUCGCGUACUACCAGAUGGGCAGUCAGUGAACGGCGCAGGGAUGGGAACGGACAGUUUUAUAAUAUGAAUUUUUCCCCCGAUAAAGCUAAAACAGAUUUCAUUUCUCUCUCUUUUGGUCUUUAGUACUUGCUUUCCCUCCUCUCCGCAAUAUCAAUUAACUCAACUUGGCAGUGAGGUGGCCAAAAAGAAGGAGAAUGAGGCGAUCUCGAUAAUCUUAGGAAGUGUCGGAGCAGUCGCAGCGGCCGGGGACCUGCGGCUGUGAGCGCCGCGUCCUGUGCGGAUUUCGGGGCUGGCACCGCGCUGGCGGUUAUGGAGAGGACGGUACCCUGGAUCCGCCGAGGAUAGAGACCCGGAGGCCGGGAGGGGUCUGCUGAUCUCACGGCAGCCUUCUAGGCCGUGGCUGCCUCUCAUCCGCGGCGUUUUAUUACCAUUAUCACCGUUCUCGAAAAGUCAUGGAAGACAACCCGCUGCCAGACCUCAGGGACAUUGAGCUGAAGCUGGGACGCAAAGUCCCCGAGAGCCUAGUGCGCUCGCUCCGUGGGGAGGAGCCGGUUCCCCAGGAAAAGGACGGGGACCCCUGCGGGGGGAGCGGCGGCUGCGGUGGUGGCGGCUGCAGUAGCAGCAGCAGCAGCUGCAGCUUCCCUCCCUCCUUGUCGUCCUCCUCUUCGUCCUCCCCAACCUCUGGCUCUCCACGACGUAGCCACUCCAGCGCCCUGGAGAGGCUGGAAACCAAGCUUCACCUCCUCAAGCAAGAGAUGGUUAACCUCAGAGCCACCGAUGUCAGGCUCAUGCGCCAGUUGCUCGUUAUCAAUGAGAGCAUCGAGUCCAUCAAGUGGAUGAUCGAAGAGAAGGCCACCAUUACCAGCAGAGGCAGCAGUCUCAGUGGCAGCCUGUGCAGCUUACUGGAGAGUCAGAGCACCUCCUUACGUGGCAGCUACAACAGCCUUCACGAUGGCAGUGAUGGGCUGGAUGGCAUCUCUGUGGGAAGCUAUCUGGACACUUUGGCAGACGAUGUCCCAGGCCAUCAGACCCCUUCAGACUUGGACCAAUUCAGUGACAGCUCCAUAAUAGAGGACUCACAAGCACUACACAAGCAUCCCAAAUUGGAUUCUGAGUACUACUGCUUUGGCUAAUUACCCAGUUUUUUGCAUGGGACUGGUGUGCAAUUAACUUGUAUUUAUCCUUCUUCUCUGCUGCUAUAUUUUUGGUGUGAUUUUUUUUUUAAUAAGACAACCUUUUUAAAAGAAGCUUAUUUUGAAAUUGCUUAAUGGUAUUUCUGUUGCUCCUAAUACCUCUCAUCUUAACUGAUUUAUUUUCUCUGUUACAUCUUUAUUUUUAUUUAUUACAAUGAUUUUUCUCCCUCUUUUUACAGUGGCACAAACAGAGUAGGGGGAAAAGAAUAAGCAAUAAUUAUGUUUUUGCUUUUGUUUUCAGAGCAAGGGGUCAGGGAUUACAAGAAAAUCUUUGCUAAAUUUUACAAUAAACCAAAGUCUGAUAACAGUUAA